GUGUGCUUGUGUGUGUGUGUGUGUGUGUGUGUGUGAGAGAGAGAGAGAGAGAGAGACUGUCUGUGCUUGUGUGUGUGUGUGCUUGUGCAUGAGUGUGGGGUGUGUGGGGCUCCAGAGCUCCGCUUGUGGCCGCCUCCAGAGAAGGACAGACAGACGGCGCUUCCUCCCACCGGGAGCAGUUCCCGGGGACCUCGACUCGGCCCGGGCACAAGUGGAGCGCGCCUGGCUGGCCGCUGGCCUCCGGAAGGUUCCACUGCGUCCCCCUUGGGCUGGAUAUGUUCAUGUUCACGUGAAGAUGGAUUUAGUGUACGGUCUCGUGUGGCUGCUGACAGUCCUCCUGGAGGGGAUCUCUGGCCAAGGAGUGUACGCGCCCCCGACAGUUCGGAUUGUGCACUCAGGAUUGGCCUGCAAUAUUGAGGAGGAACGCUACUCUGAAAGGGUUUACACUAUCCGGGAAGGAGAAACUCUGGAACUGACCUGUCUGGUUACAGGACAUCCACGCCCACAGAUCAGGUGGACCAAAACAGCAGGAAGUGCCUCUGACAGAUUCCAAGACUCAAGUGUCUUCAAUGAGACUUUGAGGAUUACAAACAUUCAAAGACACCAAGGUGGCCGCUAUUACUGUAAAGCAGAGAACGGCUUGGGGUCCCCAGCAAUAAAGUCGAUCCGAGUGGAUGUGUACUACUUGGAUGAUCCUGUAGUAACUGUUCAUCAAAGCAUAGGUGAAGCUAAGGAACAAUUCUACUAUGAGAGAACAGUGUUUCUCAGAUGUGUGGCCAAUUCCAACCCCCCUGUGCGCUACAGCUGGAGACGUGGCCAAGAAGUGUUGCUACAAGGAUCUGACAAAGGUGUAGAGAUUUAUGAACCCUUCUUUACCCAGGGUGAAACAAAGAUCUUAAAGCUAAAAAAUCUUCGACCUCAGGACUAUGCUAACUACAGCUGUAUUGCUUCAGUGAGGAACGUGUGUAAUAUUCCAGACAAGAUGGUGUCAUUUAGACUUUCCAAUAAAACAGCAUCCCCGUCAAUUAAACUUUUGGUGGAUGAUCCUAUAGUUGUGAAUCCUGGAGAGGCCAUAACAUUAGUGUGUGUGACAACAGGAGGAGAGCCUAUGCCCUCCCUCACCUGGGUCAGAUCCUUUGGGACUCUGCCUGAAAAGAUUGUUUUGAAUGGAGGGACAUUAACCAUACCUGCCAUCACAUCAGAUGAUGCUGGUACUUACAGCUGCAUUGCCAAUAAUAAUGUGGGAAACCCUGCAAAAAAGUCUACCAACAUCAUUGUGAGAGCAUUAAAAAAAGGACGAUUUUGGAUCACUCCUGAUCCUUAUCACAAAGAUGACAACAUCCAGAUUGGGCGUGAGGUGAAAAUAUCUUGCCAAGUAGAAGCUGUCCCUUCUGAAGAGUUAACAUUUAGUUGGUUUAAAAAUGGUCGCCCACUAAGAAGCUCUGAGCGGAUGGUUAUUACACAGACUGACCCGGAUGUGUCCCCCGGAACAACAAACUUGGAUAUCAUUGACUUAAAAUUCACGGACUUUGGAACUUACACAUGCGUGGCCUCUCUGAAGGGAGGAGGAAUAUCUGAUAUCAGUAUUGACGUUAAUAUUUCCAGCAGUACAGUUCCACCCAAUCUGACUGUUCCACAGGAAAAAUCACCUUUGGUCACCAGAGAAGGAGACACAAUAGAACUUCAGUGUCAAGUAACUGGGAAACCUAAACCCAUCAUCCUUUGGUCUAGAGCAGAUAAAGAAGUCGCAAUGCCUGAUGGGACAAUGCAAAUGGAGAGUUACGAUGGGACACUGAGGAUUGUGAAUGUGUCAAGAGAAAUGUCAGGGAUGUACCGGUGUCAAACCAGCCAGUACAAUGGAUUCAACGUGAAGCCAAGAGAAGCCUUGGUCCAGCUCAUUGUGCAGUAUCCCCCAGCUGUGGAACCAGCAUUCUUGGAAAUCCGUCAAGGACAGGACAGAAGUGUGUCCAUGAGCUGCAGGGUCUUAAGAGCUUAUCCAAUACGAGUGCUGACCUAUGAAUGGCGUCUGGGUAAUAAAUUAUUACGGACCGGUCAGUUUGACUCUCAGGAGUAUACAGAGUACCCAGUAAAAAGUCUUUCCAAUGAAAACUAUGGAGUUUAUAACUGCAGCAUCAUAAAUGAAGCCGGAGCAGGGAGAUGCAGCUUUCUCGUUACAGGAAAGGCCUAUGCCCCAGAGUUCUAUUAUGACACCUACAACCCUGUGUGGCAGAACCGACACCGAGUGUACUCCUAUAGUCUACAGUGGACACAAAUGAAUCCUGAUGCUGUGGAUCGGAUUGUUGCAUACCGCUUGGGUAUUCGGCAGGCUGGACAACAACGUUGGUGGGAACAGGAGAUUAAAAUAAAUGGGAAUAUUCAAAAGGGAGAACUAAUUACAUAUAACUUGACUGAACUAAUUAAACCAGAAGCCUAUGAAGUCCGACUAACUCCUCUCACUAAAUUUGGUGAAGGAGAUUCAACAAUUCGUGUAAUAAAAUAUACUGCACCUGUAAAUCCUCAUUUGAGAGAAUUUCACUGUGGAUUUGAAGAUGGUAAUAUUUGUUUAUUCACCCAAGAUGACACUGAUAAUUUUGACUGGACAAAACAAAGUACUGCGACAAGAAAUACAAAAUACACUCCUAACACGGGGCCCAAUGCUGAUCGCAGUGGUUCCAAAGAAGGUUUUUAUAUGUAUAUUGAGACAUCUAGACCCAGACUAGAAGGCGAAAAGGCUCGACUUCUCAGCCCUGUAUUCAGCAUAGCUCCCAAAAAUCCCUAUGGACCAACAAACACUGCAUAUUGUUUCAGUUUCUUCUACCAUAUGUAUGGGCAACAUAUAGGUGUUUUAAAUGUAUAUCUACGUUUGAAAGGGCAGACAACGAUAGAGAAUCCUCUAUGGUCUUCAAGUGGGAAUAAAGGACAACGAUGGAAUGAGGCUCAUGUUAAUAUAUAUCCAAUUACUUCAUUUCAGCUAAUUUUUGAAGGCAUUCGAGGUCCUGGAAUAGAAGGUGAUAUCGCCAUUGAUGAUGUGUCAAUAGCUGAAGGAGAAUGUGCAAAACAAGACCUAACAACUAAGAAUUCCGUGGAUGGUGCUGUUGGGAUCUUAGUUCAUUUAUGGCUUUUUCCAGUCAUCAUCCUCAUCUCGAUCCUAAGCCCUCGAAGGUGACCUUAUCCUGGCAGAGGCUAUCCAUAAUUCACCAGGCACUGGCAUGAAGAAAGAGUCUUUGUAAAUGGACACAGAAAAAAACAAAAACAAAAAACAAACUACCAAAGAUUCCUCCACUGACUACUGACUCAAAAAUUAAAUAAUAAAAACAACAUUUUUUAAGCACUGGGGAUAAAAAGACAUCAUGGAAAUAUAACUUAUUCCAAACUACAUAUAGAAGAUAAUCUUGGCCUGGGUACGGAAGAGACCUUCAGGUGCUUUUGUGGCUAAAAUGAUUACAGCUUCAUCUGGUUGAACUCUGGAAAAAAGAAAAGAAAAAAAAAGGAAAGAAAAAGAAGAAAAAAAGAGCUAUAGAAAUCCUCGUCAAAGCACAAAGUCAUGGCUGGUUUUGUUUCAAAUGAAUAGUUUGCUUGUUACCAUGGAAACCUAAUGGCCUGCCAACAAAAACCUCACUGUAAACAGGGUACGUGGAGAGCUGGCAUUUAUUUUCCUUUCAAGAAGGUUUUAUGUAGAGAAUUAAAUAAAUGUAGGCCCUUUUACCUUUGGCUGUUACCCUUCAUUGAAAAUAAUCCAAACUCAGAAUUAUUUAAAGGUUUCGUGUUCCUCCCCACCCUCCCCCAACCCCACUUUACUGUUGUUUGGUUUUGUUGUUGUUACUGGUCCUUGUUUUUUGCUUUUUGUUUUUUCUUUUUUCUUUUUCUCCCUCCCAUGGCUAAGCUAGAUAACUGUAUGAUGUCUCUUUUUGCAUGCACUACUAUCCAGGACAGUAAACCUGGGCUUACAUAUUACACAGGCUUAUCGGAGUUUGCUUGCGGCCACUUGAACACCCAAACUACGUCAUCUGUUCCUAUGAAGAAACCAAACCACCAUCUUUUAUAAAUUGCCAUGGAAACCAAGUGCCUUCAAUGAAACAAGCCUGAAUAAAUUUUCAACUCAGAAGCUUGCACUGCUAACAAUGGUUUGUGUAAAACUAUUUUGUAAACAGACGACACAGCCUAAAUGUGCAAAUUAACAGGCAAGACUCCCCAGCCGCUUCUGAAGAAGAAACGACCCUCUGCUGCGUAAGCCCAUGCAGACAAGACAUUUGUUUCACCUCCUAGACAGCCAUGGCCUUUCGGCUUAUGUAACUUCCACUGAGACCAGACAUGGGAGCAACACUUUUUCUUCCAGGUUAUUAAAUGGGUCAACCAGAGCAAAAGGUUGUUGAGAUAAUACUUAGCGCAGAAGGUGGUAAAACACAAAAGUGAUUUUUUUUUUACUCUAACCUCCAUCUGAGAUGAAACUGGCCCUGCCUUUAGAAAGAACAAGGAAAUGUUUGAGAUUGCCGUGCGGACGAACUCUGGCGCGGAACUGGGCCUGAAAAAAAAUCUGGCUUUAUUCUAAACUCUGAGGGUAAUAUGCCUCUGCCCUUUAGUCAGACUCUGUGCAAAUUGUGAAAUAUUAUUUUAUUAUUUUAACAAGAUUAAAAAAACACUUUUACAAAAAAACAAAAACCUGUAAAAAUGAUUUUGAGCUACCUGAGGACAAACCAUACCUUUAACCAGCCAGUUUUCCAAUGCAUUGUAAAUUUCACUUACACCUGUUGGUUAUGAAAAUUUGAAGAUCUUUUUCCUUAAAUUAUCUCAGCUUUUAACUUCAUUUAAAAAGACUUUUGUCUAAAGAAGAAUAUUAUUAUCUUUUAUUUCCACUCCCCAGGAUUUAAAAAAAAUGAUUAUGCAAGUAAUUGGGAUCUAAGUAUUAAAUUGCAGUAUUGCAAAUAUUAAUAUUAAAAAGCACAACAAAAUGUAGUAGAAAAUAACAAAGCUUGAUUUUUUAAAGAACUGUAGAAAUGUUUGUGCAAAUUCAAUAAUUCAACUUAAAAUAUAAUUUUACAGCUCUGUUCAAUAAAGCCUCUUUCCAGGUAAGGUAUGAUAAGCAGUAUGUGUGUUUGUUGGGCAAUAUUCAGUUAUCACUAAAAUGAGAUUAGUUCUGCAGUUUACUGGUUAUGUUAUCUCGGGAUAAAUCUUCAGUAAUUCAUACACAAUUAAUGUCUUCAGGAAGGAAUUUUAAUAGAAACACCCUAUGCACUCUCCUUUAUCUGUAACACAUGUAAAAAAUGUUGUACCUCAAUAGGUAAAAUAUGAACCAAAUACAAGUUGCAAUUUAAUAUAUAAUUUCAUAGUCAGUUCAAAAGGGAACAUGUCAGAAAACCUAGGUAGUGACAGAAUCAAGCUAACCCACAUCCUUUAAAUUGAACAGAAGAAACAAAUGAUUGUCAUAAUUUAUCUGAAUUAAUUAGUCAUAUUGAAAAUAUUUUCAAAAGUUCAAAGUGAUCAAUCUAUUCUAUCAAACCAAAGAUUUCACAUAAGUAAUAUCUGGGGCACUUAGCACCUGAAAAAUCUGCAUUUGCUUGUAUUUCCACUGUAGAGCAACAACUAACCACAUCUCUUCAUGAUCCAAGAUUAGUAAAACACAAUUAUUUUAUUUUGUUAUGCUUUUUUUUUUUGCAUUUUCUUGACCAGGACACCAAUAGGAUCUUUAGAUUUAAAGAAAGGCUUGAUUUGUCAUCUUCUUUCAAUUAUCUUUAUGUUGAUUGAGUGACACUUUUGCAAAUAAACUUAAAAGACCCCAAAAUUUAAAUUAUUUGAAAACAUACAUAUUCUUUCAAGAAAAAUAACAAGGUUUUUUGUUUCUAAGUUAUCCCGAGCCAACAAAUUGCUGUAAGUAAAAGUUUCAAUUGUAUCAUUAAGCAUUUACCUUCCCUCAACUUUCACAUUGUAAGAAAACACACUUCUGAAGUUCAUGAGAACUGGCUGGUACUUCAAAAUUCACUUUGUUUAAACUUCUAAGAUGUUGCAGAUGACUGCGAAGAACAGGGGGCAAUCAGAGGUGAAAGCAGACGGAGGUCUGAGAUGGUAAAAGGGAUUUCUCACAUUAUCCAGACAAGCCAACAAACGGAAUCAGUGUUUUGUCUUCAGAUCAAAUGCUCAAUUGUUGUAACUGAAAAAAAAGUGGCUAAAAAUGUGGAUACUUUAAAAUGAUUUGGGUAAAUGAACUGGGAAUUUUGUGACAUCACCUUGUCUUUAAUAGAACUAAUGAUCGCGAAACCCUUAAGACAUUAUUGGUGACAUUCGCAUUCCUAACAUUGCUAUGUCUAUCAGAAACAGGACUCAAUAACACCUUCUCCUUACCAUUUUGACAGUGUGUCUGCCCUACAAUGGAGAGAAGCCAGUUGAGUUGAUGGUUGUUUUUUAAUUGGGGAAGCAUCUAGCAAUCAGGUUUUUUGUUUUAUGGGAGAAACAACAUACCAUGUAAUCUCCAAUUAUUGACAGUAAUUGAUCUCCAUUAAUCAGAAGCAGUACCCCGUUCAUCAGUUCAGAGACGUUUCUUUACAUGUUAACAUUGCUACAAUUGGGCCUAUUUUGAUUACAAUUAGCAGUAAUUCCAUGUAGUGAUAUGAAGGUUCACACAGGAGCUGAGAGGACCUGAAUAUGAAUAGUCACCACAUUCACUAAAGUUGCCAGAAGUGCCAGAUAAUGCCAAAUAUGAUCUUCUUUCCUUCAAACCUAAAAGUGAGAAAAGAUGCAACCAAAUCACAAUUAUAGGUUGUAUAACUGGCAAUGGACUAUGCAGUUUAUAGCCUAAUUUCUUUCGCUUCUUAAGAAAAUCAUUUUUCUUAGAUGCUUCUGUUCAUCCUACACUUGCUUUUCCAUUUCCUGUUUUCCUGUCAUCUGUUCUUACAGGUUCAUGGAUUACAGGUAUUCCUAACCUACUAUGAUCCCUGGUUCCGUGUGGCUUGUUGUAGCCAACAGAUCAGGAGUCUGGCCCAUGAUUACAUUUCCUUAAGAGAACUGACAGAUACAUAGUUACAAUGUCAGGCAGUGGACCUUGCCACUAAUAGUCCUUUAUUUCACAUUUCCCUCAGAACUGACUUGAAAGAGCAAUGAAUAGUAUCUGAAUUAGAACCUAGAUAAUCUGUUAUACCAUGUAUAUACAAUGAAAAUAAUUCCAUUCUAUACUUUCAUACUUCAAAAUAUAAAGUACAGCUGUACUAAUUUUUCACCAAACAGGCAAUUUUAUUUUAAGUACUUUAUAAUAAUAAACUUAUCUGCCAACAAAAUGUGUAAUUUAAAGAAUAAUUAAUCCAUUUAGUUCUGUGCUUAAGACUAUAAACUUAAAAAAAUAAAAUGAUUAUUUUUCAUAAUCAUUUCAAUUUUAUGUUUUUAUUGGUAAUUUUAAAGUUGGUGACAGACUGAUCUGAUUUUUGUAAACUUUUCAAAUGAUUCUCCUAAAUAUGUGUUCUUUAUCACAAAACCUUGUGUUUUGCUUUGUUUUGUUGUUUUUAUUGUUGUUGUUGUUUUGUAAUGUGCCUUUCAAAUACCAGGGCCACUCGAUAGACAUUUAAACUGGAAAAAAUUUACCUCCCCGCCCUCCCGCAAAAAAAAAAAUUCUGGCCGAUGACUACUUCCACUGUUUCACCUGGGUCUCGACAAAGCAGAAGGUACACUCUUCUUGCAACUGGGCAGUUGAUGUCAAUGAGGAGUUAUUGCAUUUUCUGUGAAAACAAUAAAAUUAUAGGGUUCAGUCCCAAGCUAUUUCUUUUCCUACAACGUUCCCUUUGUGGCUAACCCAUUAAAUUCAUUUUCUUAGUGUUAUUUUUGGAAAGAAAUGUAUGUCAUUUUCUACUCUGUCUUAGGAGAAAAGCUACUACAAAAUUGAUGUUUUUCAAAGCUAAUAUAAAAAGUUGGCUGAAUAUUCCUAGUAUAUAUACAUUGAAUUGUGUGUGUUAUUAUUACACGAGCGAAGACGGAUAUAAAAGCCUCACACCAUAGUGUGAAGUAUGUCAGCCAGGAAUAGUCCCUAAUGGGUUAAUGUCUGCUUGGAAACAGAAGUGAGAGAUAAGAAGGAUAAAGUGUCCACACAUUUCUAUAUGGAUUACUUUUGAGCACAUGCUCAUUUCAAGCUUAAUAAAUUUAUGAGUAGUGAUUACACUACACUAAACCCAUGUGAGAAUCUCAAACUGGAAUCCAAAAUCUGGAGUAGGGCUGAGGUUAAACUCUGGGUAUAAACUGCAAUAGUUUUCUCAAGGAUAUAUUUACAACGGAUUGAAUUUAAUUUUCGAUUGUACUAAUUUUCCAUGAGUUGCUCUGAAAUGUAUUCUUAUUUUUCAAUAAAACGAUGGGAAAGUC